AACGGCUCUCUCUACCGAGUGCUCGCUCAUUGAAUUAUCUCACUCAGCCUGUUCAACUCGAUUUACUAAAAUUAUUAUAGCAGACCAGAUCAGACUCCCCGAUUUAACUACCGUUUACUGCCGCACACUUCCCCCGGGUUUCCGUGUCUGUCUGCGGCGGUGGAGCGUGCUUUCCUGGGCUCGCUGGCUGGGUUUGGUCGGGGAGGCAGCGAUGAUGGAGCUGGAGACGGCCAGUAACAGAGGCGAACUGGGAGCUAUGGGGGACUCUCUGCAGCCACAGACUCCCAGCAGACACGAGAAGAGUCUCGGACUGCUCACGACCAAGUUUGUGACUUUAUUACAGGAGGCGAAGGACGGGGUUCUGGAUCUGAAAGCGGCGGCAGACACCCUUGCAGUGCGGCAGAAACGGCGAAUCUAUGAUAUCACUAAUGUUUUGGAAGGAAUCGGACUUAUAGAGAAGAAAUCCAAGAACAGCAUCCAGUGGAAGGGUGUAGGUCCAGGCUGUAACACCAGAGAGAUAGCAGAUAAGCUCAUUGAUCUAAAGGCAGAGCUGGAUGACCUGGCUCUCAGGGAACAUGAGCUGGACCAGCAGAAGGUCUGGGUCCAACAGAGCAUCAAGAACGUCACAGACGACUCGAACAACAGCCCUGUGGCAUAUGUUAAACAUGAAGACCUCUGUGGGGCUUUUAAAGGUGACACACUCCUAGCGAUCAGAGCGCCCAUUGGUACACAACUCGAGGUCCCCGUACCAGAAUCCGUGCCCAACGGACAGAGGAAAUACCAGAUCCGUCUGAAGAGCUCGUCUGGUCCCAUCGAGGUUCUGCUCGUCAACAAGGACCCAUCCAGUGCCUCUCCUGUUGUUUUACCCGUCCCUCCUCCAGAUGAUGUCCUUCAAAACCUCCCAGCGCCCACAGCUACCUCUCAGCCACCCGCUGCUGCCCCCCAGGUGCCCAAAGCAGCUCUAGCAGCUUCUACAAAAGUCGUUCCUGUCACAACGGCAGUGACAGCAGCCAACCAGACAGCCUCAGUAACAGAAGUGACGAGCAUCACGCCCCUCACCCCGACGACAGAUACUCCUGCAGUCACCCAGCAGCUACAGUCGUCUGCCUCGUUGGAUGGCUCUGUCUCCUCGUCUGCCUCUGCAGUAUUUGAACCAAUUAAAUCAGAUCCUUCUGAAUUGUUGGACUUUCCCAAAGAAUUGUCAGACAUGUUUGAUCCAACUAAAGAGAUCAUGAGCGGAGAUUUGCUAGAGGACUUGAUGUCAUCAGAAGUGUUCUCGCCUCUCCUCCGUCUGUCACCGCCACCCAGCGACCACGACUACAUCUACAACCUGGAUGAGACAGAAGGCCUGUGCGACCUCUUUGACGUCCCCAUUCUCAACCUCUGACACUUGACGUUGUUGUCAAAGUGGGAAACAAUUACCCAUCAUGCUAAUCCACCUACGAUUACCCCCGAGAUAUUUUCCCCCCUCACUGACGAUGAAGCUGAGAGGAGGAGCAGGAAAGCCACCGUGAUCUGGCAAGUGUUUCAGACGCCUCUGCAGCGACGCCGUGAGCUCGGGCUGACGAGCUCGAUGUACAGCUUCAUGAAGAGAUACACGCAGGAACAAAACAUUUACUUACUGCUUUUCUAAGGAAAAUAUUCAGCGAUUAUAAACAAAUUAUAUUUUUGGAUUGUUAUUAAUGAUAAGACAUUAUGUUUGUGUAUCAGCUUUCCCGUGUGUGUGUGGGCAUACUUUACAUGAGCGUGUGAGUGAGUUUUGUAUUGAACGCUCUUUUAACAUGAGUCAGAUCUCAGAAGAAACAGAAACCCUUUUCCUUUCAGGUGAAACGAGUCAUCGCAGACAAACACAAAUGGCUUCCAUCUCCAUGAAUCUGCUUAUGCGUGGCUCAGACACAGCUGGUUAAAUAUGCACUGUCCUCAUGUACAUAGAGAAUAUAUAUUUUGUAAUACCAGCACACAAAACUAAUGUGUAAUAAUGAACUACAUUUUUACUGCAUGCAGGGCCAUCGUUUGCGAAUAAACAAAGGUACCAGAUGCAAACAGGCACGCUUUAUGUUUGAAGUGCUUUGUUGAUUAUUCAGCCUCGACUGAGCGUUUCAGUUUGUUGAAUCAAACCUCUCAGUGACUGAGUGUGGCGGUCUUUGUGUGCCAGUAAAAGGGAGAGAGGGUCUGACCCUAAAGCUAAUAAAUCCACCAACACGAAGAGCUAGAGUCACAAGGAAGUGUUAAGACUUUACAGAAACAAACUUCGGUGCUUGUUAAAAUGUGUCUCCUUGAAGACAGCGCGAAACCAGCCUUGUUCUCUGACUCACUAGCUCCAGUAGGACCACAAAGGGCAUCAUGAAUGUGGGAAAUUGUGGCAAAAAGUCCUUAACAGUAGUUUCUUAGUCCUCAUCGUCACCAGCGUCUUAAUAAGAUCCUAACUCGUGUGUGAGAAAUUUCUACCACUCAGAUAUUUAAAGAGAAAUGUUGUGGAUUUGACCUUAGAUGGAAGAAAACUUGAUCGAACAAAUGCAAAGGACAAAACAAAAAUGUUUAAAAAGCCCUAGGAGAGUGGUUCUAGACUGGUCUGGCCUCAGGACCCACUACCCCCUCCUUAAGGAGACAUAGCAACCCCCAUUUCUAAAACAUUCUCAACCAUUUAUAGUAGUUUUAUAAAAAAUGUUGUAGUUUGGGUCCAAACUAAAAGGCAGGACACAACAGAAAGCAACUAAUUCCAUAAGCUCUGCAGAGACAUGCUUGCAUACUUUUUAUUUUACAAAUUUUCCACAUUUAAGUUGUAUUUAGAUAAAUGUUUGAACCGUUUGUGAGGUAUAACAUUGCCAGAUAGUGAAAGUACCAUUCAAAACCGGUUCAAGAAGGGCUGUGCUGGUUUCUGUGUGAGUGUGCUGUAUGGAAGUUUUCUUUUCAGUGAGUUUGACCUUUGACUGCUGACCAGUUCAUACUUGAACCAGAGUGGACAUUCAUGCAGAGUUUGAAGAAAAUCCCUUAAAGUAUUGGUAAAAUACUUUGUUCUCAUGAAUAUCAAGGACUGAUAACCUAAAUUAUCACCUUGGUUUUCACCAUCACAGAGACAUAACCAGCGUCAUUGUCUGGAGAAAGGAGACAAGUAAUUCAAGAUCUCAAGAAAACAACUGACAUUUACCCAUCAUCACAGAAAAAUAGAGUAAAAUUAAAAUAUUGACGUAUGUUCUCCUAGUAGGGAAGAGGAUUCGGGCCAAUGGAGAAGGAAAAAAUAAUCAUUCAACCUCAAGAUUAAUUUGAUAGGGCUAGAACAAAGUGGAAAUGUUGAGAAUAAAGUAAAAAAUUAGAGGAAAAGUCUCCCAAGGUCCACUGUCUGUUAAAGUCUAAUGACUUUAACAAACAGGAUUAUAUAUUAUUUUAUAUUGAAAGGAGCAUGCAUUUAUAUUUUUAACAUUAAUGUAAAUACUACCUAAUUUAAUCAAAUAAAAACACUGAACUGAGGCCAAUGUAGGCUGGAUUUUAACUUGUUUUACAUAAUAAUAGUAGGCUAUUACAGGCUAUUUACACCAGUGGUUCUCAACUGGUGGGCUGAAAGUGGGUCGCAAAGCUCUCUCCACUGGGUCAAAAGUGUGUGCUAGGGGACAAAAGUCUGUGCACCGAGGCCUUAAAUGGAUGAACAGUAGAUUGAUGCAUGUAUUAUUUGAAGUUUGAUUAAGAUAAGGAGUGAAUUUCAAUAUUUGUCUCAAGAUUUCUACUUGCAUCUCGCUUUGGAUAGCAAAGCUGAUUUUCUCAAAAUAAGGAGAAACUUCUCAAGAAAUAGAAUUUCCACGCUGUCUCAGAAAAUUAGAGUGAAAUGAAACGUAUGCAUGUCCUUCUAGGAUGGUUAUUUUUCAGUUGACCUGUCUUUGUUCAUCUUUUUUUGAUGAGUCCAAACCGCAUAAAUGUUUAGUACAUGAUUUUUAAAAUCUGGGUUGUAAUUUUUCUCAAGGAGGUGGUGGUGGGUCCUGAUACUCGAGCAGUUAAGAACCACUGUUUUACACUACUAUCCCCUUUUUAUUUGCAUUUAAUGAUGCACAUAAAAGAUCCAUACAGCAACAAUUACAGCCAUCUCUUAUUGAUCUCUUAUUUCUUGUGAAGAACAUUUUUUUGUUUGUUUUUUUUUUUUUUUUUUUUUUAGAUUUACUUUUGGGCCUUUAUAAGAUAGAGGAGGACAGUGGAUAGGUUUGGAAACAGGGAUGAGAGUGGGGAUAGACACGCAGCAAAGGGCCUCAGGCCGGAUUUGAACCCGGUCCACGCGCCUUAAACCACUUGACCAUCUGCACGCCCCUCUUGUGAAGAACUCAAGAUAUAUGAAUAAUCAAAGAUCAUUCUAAAAAUGUCUUUUUUCACAUUUUCACUGCAGAUUUUAUUAUUUUUUCCUAAUAUUUGAAAUCCAUUUAUUCGCAUUGAUUGAGGAAGAGAGCAGCCAGUUGCUCACCACUGAUACAGAUGCAUAUUCGCUUAGGAUUUUUUUGUACACGAUAGACUUUUAGCCACAUUUUCUCUGUUCACACUCUUUUAAGUCACUUUUGGGUCAUAACACAGCAGUUGAGAACAACUCAUCGAAUGAUGUACAGAAGCCCCAAGUGGACACAGGUGUUUUCAUUUUAUUUUCAUCAAAAUAUGUUUUUUGUUGUUUUCUGGAGAUUUUAGCUUUAAUGUCUUGCUGUUUGCAAUGAACACAGCUUGUUUGCUAUGAUGAUGUGUUGACUCUUAAAAUCUCUUGAAAACAACAAAAAUUUAUGUGACAGAGUGAAAUAAAAUAUAUGCAUUCAAGUCAUGUCAGGCCUUCUGGAACUUUUUGAACUUUUUUUUUGGUCCUUUGCUUUGUUUAAUCAGGUUUUUGUCCAUCUAAGGUCCAAACUGCCGCAUUUUUCAUUUGAUUAAAUUCGAAUGGUUUAAAGUUUUGAAACAUUUAGGUUAAGAAGAUGAGAACCAUCGCUGUUACUGGUUCAGUUUGGCUUUUCACUGGGAGGUUUGGUUGUUAACAUAAAAAUAAGCUUGCUUUAGUUCUGUUUUGCUGUUGGACUUUUGAACUUUGCAGAUUUUAUUGCCUGCUGUUAUAUAUAAUUUAACUUUGUACGUCAGAGGAAUCACGUUUUCUUCCCCUUUCCUGAACGACUUCUGUGUAUUUUCAGUUUUUAUGGAUGUUUAUGAAACCAUUGUACUCAAGUUUAUUUGUAUGUAAAAUGACGUGUGUAUUCCUGGUGGAUUUUUUUACACUAAUGCAGUGAAAAGAAUCCCCAUGUCAAUAUAAAAGCUCCUGUUUUUGUAUAUUUGGCACAGAUUGUUCAACAUUUAUGUCUAAAGCUCUUUGUUCAUGGUCAAUGAAAUGCUGCCUAUCACUUUAAAUUUAAUGAAUCCUUGGCAUAUUCCCACAGAGCUUCCUCUUCCUUCUUGUGUUGAUGUAAUGUCUCACCCUGGCUUACAUGUAUGUAAUGUGUAUAUCUCUCUCCUGCUUGUAUAGAAUAGCAUUUAUUUUUUAUACCUAUGAUAGAUUUAUUAUUACUGCAACUAAUCUGGGGCUUCUACACUUCAACAUUUUAAGGAGUUUAUCCACCAAACGUCGUGCUUUACCGUUACACCCUGUCUCAUUGUUGCACUUUACACCACUGUGAACAGACUGGUUGGUUCUCAUCCACUCCACCAUGGGUAGUCGUGUUUGGACAGUGUUGUGAGUUUGUCUAAUCCUUCAGCGGGGCGCUGCUGGCCCUGAAUGAGCGUUGUCUGUUUGUGUUGGCGUGUGAGACUGAACCCUACAGUCCGUUUUUAACCGUUGCUGAGCUGUAUAGUUGCAUUGAAUGACAGAAAAUAAACACUUUGGUAUUCUU